UGUACACCUUUGCUCAGCCUAGAAAAACUCCCGGAUCCCAUCCUCUCUGCAUCCUAGGAAGCAGCAGUGGAGAGGGAAAACAAAACCCAUUCCUUUAAGAAAGAUUCCGCCUCCUCUCUUCUAAGCAAGCGCCUCAUGGUAAUUGUGGAGUCUCUACUAAGUCACACACUCUACUACUCAGCAUUGGGAGCCGCUGCCGCCGCUGCUCCGGGGCUGCAGUGGGUUUCUGUGCAGCACUGCAGAAUCCACACCUAGGAAGGGAAGACAGACACACAACGUCUACUACCCUGUACACAAGGAAGCUGUGGAUCGUCUGCGGAGAACAGAACUUGAAACAUGAGUUCAGAUACCAGCCAAGCUGUGAUCACUACUCCUCCUCCUCCUAGCAUGCCGCACAAAGAGAGAUAUUUUGACCGGAUCAAUGAAAAUGAUCCAGAAUAUCUUCGAGAAAGGAACAUGUCUCCUGAUCUACGACAAGACUUCAAUAUGAUGGAGCAGAGGAAGCGAGUUACUCAGAUUCUGCAGAGUCCUGCCUUUCGGGAAGACCUGGAAUGCCUCAUUCAAGAACAGAUGAAGAAAGGCCACAACCCAACUGGAUUACUAGCAUUACAACAGAUUGCAGAGUACAUCAUGGCCAGUUCAUUCUCAGGCUUUUCUUCACCUCCUCUGAGUCUUGGCAUGGUCACACCUAUCAAUGACCUUCCUGGUGCAGAUACAUCCUCAUACGUGAAGGGAGAAAAACUUGCUCGCUGUAAACUCGCCAGUCUGUACAGACUUGCAGAUUUGUUUGGAUGGGCACACCUCGCAAACACAUACAUCUCAGUAAGAAUAAGUAAAGAGCAAGACCACAUCAUCAUAAUCCCUAGAGGCCUCUCUUUUUCUGAAGCCACAGCCUCCAAUUUGGUGAAAGUCAAUAUAAUAGGAGAAGUGGUGGACCAGGGAAGUACUAAUUUGAAAAUUGACCAUACAGGAUUCAGUCCCCAUGCUGCAAUUUAUUCAACACGUCCUGACGUGAAGUGUGUGAUACACAUCCAUACUCUUGCUACAGCAGCUGUGUCCUCCAUGAAGUGUGGAAUCCUUCCAAUUUCUCAAGAGUCCCUUAUCCUGGGAGAAGUUGCCUAUUAUGACUACCAAGGAUCACUUGAUGAAGAAGAGGAAAGAAUUGAACUACAGAAAGUUCUGGGGCCAAGUUGUAAGGUGCUGGUACUCAGGAAUCAUGGUGUAGUAGCACUUGGAGAAACACUUGAGGAGGCUUUUCAUUAUAUUUUUAAUGUGCAGAUGGCCUGUGAGAUUCAGGUUCGAGCAAUAGCCGGGGCAGGUGGAAUAGACAAUCUGCUUGUACUGGAUCUUCAGAAGUAUAAAACUUUCACUCAUGGCGUAGCAACAUCUGGAGGAGGCGGUGUAAAUAUGGGUUCUCAUCAGAAAUGGAAGAUUGGCGAGAUAGAGUUUGAAGGGCUGAUGAGGACUCUGGACAAUUUGGGCUACAGAACAGGCUAUGCGUAUAGGCAUCCUCUCAUUCGAGAGAAGCCUCGGCACAAGAGUGAUGUAGAAAUCCCAGCUACUGUGACUGCUUUCUCCUUUGAGGAUGACACAGUGCCGCUGUCUCCUCUCAAGUACAUGGCUCAGAGGCAACAGCGUGAAAAAACAAGAUGGCUGAAUUCACCAAAUACUUACAUGAAAGUCAAUGUGCCAGAGGAAUCUCGGAACGGGGAAACUAGUCCCAGGACCAAAAUCACAUGGAUGAAAGCAGAGGACUCCUCUAAAACUAGUAGUGGGACACCUAUCAAAAUUGAAGAUCCCAACCAGUUUGUCCCUUUAAACACAAACCCGAAUGAGGUGCUAGAACGGAGAAAUAAGAUUCGGGAACAAAACCGAUAUGAUUUGAAAACAGCAGGACCACAGUCUCAGUUGCUUGCUGGAAUUGUUGUGGACAAGCCUCCUUCUACCAUGCAAUUUGAAGAUGACGAUCUUGGCCCACCAGCUCCUCCUAACCCAUUCAGUCAUCUCACAGAAGGAGAACUUGAAGAGUAUAAGAAGACAAUCGAAAGAAAACAGCAAGGACUGGAAGAUGCUGAACAGGAAUUACUCUCAGAUGACGCUUCAUCUGUUUCACAAAUUCAGUCUCAAACUCAGUCUCCGCAAAAUGUCCCUGAAAAAUUAGAAGAAAACCAUGAUCUAUUUUCCAAGAGUUUCAUCUCCAUGGAAGUGCCUGUCAUGAUCGUAAAUGGCAAAGAUGAUGUGCAUGAUGCUGAAGAUGAGCUUGCUAAGCGAGUGAGUAGAUUAACUACGAGCACGACCAUCGAGAACAUCGAGAUUACAAUCAAAUCGCCAGAAAAAAUUGAAGAAGUCCUGUCACCCGAUGGCUCACCUUCAAAAUCACCAUCCAAGAAAAAGAAGAAAUUCCGCACUCCUUCUUUUCUGAAAAAGAACAAAAAAAAGGAGAAAGUUGAAGCCUAAGUAGUCUUUUUGUAAUUACUAUUAUGAUGUGACAUUGCACAUUUAAAUACCACGUUUAAGUUGAUCAUUAAUAUACAGUGGUAGAUCAGAUUAGAGGUAUGUAGUAAACUGGACUUUAAAAACUGGAAAGAGGUUUUACUAAAAGAAAAACAUUAUGAAAAAGCUUUCAAAUUCAUCUCUCUUUUUAUAUGUCCAAAAAUGGCUUUCAGUUUUUAAUCAGCUGCUAGUUUAAAUUGGCUCUAUCCUCAUGAAAUACAGUUCAUCACUAACAGAUACCUGUCUGGGUUAUUUCAGACCUUCUCCAUUAGCAUAGUAUCUGUUAGAAAGAAAUUGCCAAUGAACAAGUGAGAAUUUUUACUUCUCAAUACCUACUUCACUUGGUAAUCAAAUUAUAAUUUUAUCGUGGUUAUCAACCAUGACUUUUGGGUCCCCAUUGUUACAAUGGGCAUUAAUAGAAUGCUUUAAAAGCUUCUAACACAAGAAUCUGUAGCAUUAGUAUACACUGGCACAUAAUUUUUUUAAAAAGUUUUAAGAAAAGAUUUGUUUGGAAUUUUAUUCAUAGUCUAAAAUUUCCUCACCUGAAGUAACUUUGUUUGCCAAAAAAAUCAUUUUAAUAAACUAUAAUUUUUGAAAGAAUUCCUUUUUAUUAGUUUAGAAAGCCCCUUAUUUUUCAUAGAGGGGAUUUUGUACACAUAACAUGAGUUAUUUAGUUUAACUCUGGCAAAAACAAUUUUUGUAUGUUGAGAUGUUUGUAUACCAUUCAGUAUAAGAGUGUCAUAUGCAUCUUAGCCAAUCAUUUAACAGUAGCGCAUGUUGGAGCUGCUUGGUACUGAGUGUAAUUCAAGAAUCCAGGGACAUGACAUCAAAAGGGCAUAUAAAGCUACAUCUAGACUCAUAUUUGAACCUUAUAAUGUAUUUUUCUCUUAGUAUUGCUAAUGAAUGAAGAACAUCUCAUAAGGCAACCAAAUGAAAAGACUGAAAGGGAAAGGGAAAACUGAAGGGAACUAGCGACAGAAUGUGAAAGAACUCUAGUUUGGUAGUAAUGUGUAUUCGCAGUAGAAUAUAUAGUUUGAUCUAUUGAAAACAAGUCCCAAAUUUCCAAAAUCUUGUUUCUCUGCCAAAAUCAUGUCUUGGUUGAUGUUUGAGUUUUAAAGGAGUUAAAUCCUUCUAACAUAGACUUUUAGAGGGCAGCAUUAGAAUAAAUCGGUAGGCCUAAUCCCACCCAUGAGAAAACUACCACUUCUUAAUUUUUGCAAACUUUAAAUUUUUCUUUUCAGUUAGCUUCCUUUCUAAUGUAAAUACAAAUUUAAACUUAGGCUUAAUAUAGUUUUCUCCAUUUUCCCAAGUGAUGUCACAAAUCAGUGUAAAAUCAAUGAUCCAAAAUAGUGAGUAAAAAUAAGAGGGUGAGUCGGCAUGCAAAACAUUACAUUGACUACAGUGUGCUCUGUGUAUGGUGACACAAAGUUGAAACAGAGCCCAGAAACGUCAUUAUGACUCUUACUAACUACUGGAAUCUCUUAGUGGAAACUUUCAGUUGCUGAAUUGUGUAUUUGAGGAUUAUUUUAUGUUUUACAUCAUUUAUGUUGUAUUACGAUGUAUGUAGAAACAGUAACCUGUGAGCCAUGCUUUUCCAUAACUUUUUAAAAAUAUAUAUAUCUAAAUGAAUGCAAUGUGCAUAAAUAUUUUUAAACGGUAAACUAUUGCACCUUUUGCUAAUGCCUCUAUUUACUUGCUUUGGCAUAAUGAAUGAGCCAAUGAACCUCUGUGUCCUGUGGAAAAAAAUGUAUAAAAGUUAUCUGAUAUUGCUCUUAGAUGUAUGCUAAUUAAUGUUAAAUCACAAAUAAACAAUAUUUUAAAUAUA